AUGGCAUCAGUCACCGUUUACGACGCAGUUAUCCCUACUUUCACUAAGGGUCUGAAGACUUUUGAUCACAUUUUGACAAAGGCUGAGGAGCACGCCAAGGCCAACAAUGUAGACGUCAACACAUAUGCCGAGGCCCGCCUCGUCGAGGACCAACUCCCCCUCACUUUUCAGGUUCAGAAUGCGACAAAGACUGUCAAGACCAACAUCAGUCGCCUGACGGGUGUUGAGUUGGAACCUUAUGAGAACACAGAGAAGACUGUCGCGGAUCUCCAAAAGCGUAUCAAGGAUGCUUUGGAUCUGCUCAGCAAGGUCGAUGCUGCCACUGUCAACGCAAAGGCCGAAUCCCAGGUCGACUUGCCCAUCUUCGGUGGCAAGACGUUGAAGGUCACAGCGAAAGAGGCUGCGCUGAGCCAUGGAGUUCCCAACUUUUUCUUCCACUUGAAUGCGGGAUACGCUAUUCUUAGAUCGAAGGGAGUACCCGUUGGGAAGGCCGACUAUCUUGGCAGUUUUGUUGCUCAGUAG